GUCGCUUUCACACAUAUGGAAACAUUUACCCUCUGAGAUUUUACAGAACUCUGUGUGGAUACAGACAACAACGGAGUGCUGUUGGCCUGGCAUGUGAAGGGGAUGAUGGAGAGGAGAGAGAGAGCUGCUCUGGUCCAGAGAGAGAAUGUGUGUGAGCGGAUCACCGAGACCAGUCCAGCGCCGGUGUGUAAAGCCGCCCCAGAGCCGGCCCCUGGGAGUGCGCCGGGCCGUCGGGAAUCCGCCGGGGAGGAGGAGGCAUCAUCGGCGGUCCUGGGGGGAGGAGGAGGCGGAGGAGAGCCGACGGGAGGAGUGGCGGUGAGGAGGAGGUCCAGCCGCACCCUCCAGCUCCCCCCUCUGGCCUUCAGGCAGGCCGAGCAGAACGACUGGGGACGAGAACCGGCAGAGCCCUCCGCCACACGACCCUCCAGCCUCGCCAUCCAGCCGCCCCCGCCACUCAUCAACAUCACCUCCGCUGACCCCUUCAGUUUUGACGUGGACAAUGGGCCUGUGUCGGGCCGGAGCCCCCUGGAUGCCAUGUGCAGCCCAGGCUCGGGGCUGGUGCUGCAGGCCAACUUCGCUCACGGCGGCCAGCGGCGAGAGUCCUUCCUCUACCGCUCCGACAGCGACUACGACCUCUCGCCAAAGUCCUUAUCCCGAAACUCCUCCAUCGCCAGCGACAUGCUACAGCAGCAGCGUCCAGGGCUGGUCUCUCGGAGGUCUGAACCGGUCAUAAGCGGGACUCAUGGGGAUGACCUAAUUGUGACACCAUUUGCACAGGUAUUGGCUAGCUUGAGGACCGUGCGGAAUAAUUUUGCAGUGCUGACCAACAUCCAACAAGACAGAGCUUCAAACAAGCGUACACCUAUGUGCACUUCAACGAUACCCCCCAAGACCUCUUUGACAGAUGAGGGGUACCAGAAGAUGGCCUCUGAGACGCUGGACGAGCUGGACUGGUGUUUGGACCAGCUGGACACGCUUCAGACACGCAACUCCGUCAGCGAGAUGGCCUCCAAUAAGUUCAAGAGGCUGCUGAAUCGGGAGCUGAGUCACCUGUCUGAGACGAGCCGCUCAGGGAACCAGGUCUCAGAGUUCAUAUCCAACACAUUCCUCGACAAGCAGCAUGAUGUGGAGGUGCCCAGGGGUGCCAAGGAGAAGGACGAGAAGCCCAUGUGCCUGAUCAGCGGGGUCAAGAAGCUGACCUACAGCUCCAGCCUGGCCAACUCCAACAUCCCCCGCUUCGGGGUCAACACACACCACGAGGACGCCUUAGCUAAGGAGCUGGAGGACAUAAACAAGUGGGGCCUUAAUGUUUUUAAAGUGGCAGAGUUCUCAGAAAACCGACCGCUAACCACCGUCAUGUACACCAUCUUCCAGGAAAGAGAUCUACUGAAGACCUUUAAAAUUCCGUCAGACACCUUCAUCACUUACCUGAUGACGUUAGAAGAUCAUUACCAUAGAGACGUCUCUUACCAUAACAACAUCCACGCUGCAGAUGUCACCCAGUCCACUCAUGUGCUGCUGUCCACGCCUGCUCUAGAGGCUGUUUUCACCGACCUUGAAAUCCUCGCUGCUAUUUUUGCCUCUGCGAUUCAUGAUGUGGAUCAUCCUGGUGUUUCCAACCAGUUCCUCAUUAACACCAACUCUGAGCUGGCUCUCAUGUAUAACGACGCGUCGGUGCUGGAGAACCAUCACCUGGCCGUGGGCUUCAAGCUGCUGCAGGAGGAGAACUGCGACAUCUUCCAGAACCUGACCAGGAAGCAGCACAGCUCACUCAGGAAGCUGGUCAUAGACAUGGUGCUGGCCACUGACAUGUCCAAGCACAUGAACUUGCUGGCUGACCUUAAGACCAUGGUGGAGACCAAGAAGGUCACGAGUUCAGGAGUGCUGCUGCUAGACAACUACAAUGACCGGAUACAGGUCCUGCAGAACAUGGUCCACUGCGCUGACCUGAGCAACCCCACCAAGCCCCUGGCCCUGUACCGGCAGUGGACCGAGCGCAUCAUGCAGGAGUUCUUCUGCCAGGGCGACCGCGAGAGAGAGUGCAGCAUGGAGAUCAGUCCCAUGUGUGACAAGCUCACCGCCUCCGUGGAGAAGAGCCAGGUGGGCUUCAUCGACUACAUCGUGCAUCCGCUGUGGGAGACGUGGGCGGACCUGGUGCUGCCCGACGCCCAGGAGCUGCUGGACACGCUGCAGGAGAACCGGGACUGGUACCAGAACGCCAUCCCGCAGAGCCCGUCGCCCACCAACGCCCACGCGCGGCCCGGCGACCGCUUCCACUUCCAGCUCACGCUGGAGGAGGACGGGGAGACGGACACGGAGAAGGACAGCGGCAGCGUGGAGGAGGAGGAGGAGGAGGAAGAGGAGGAGGAGGAGAAGGAGGAUGAGGAGGAGAAGAAAAAGAGUAGCGGGGACAGUCAGACGCUUUGCACACAAGAUCCCCAGUCCCCCCAGGAAGGGGAGGAGCGGACAGCUAAAGAGGAACUGGGGCCUAGUGACACAUAGCCUUCUGUGUGUGUGUGUGUGUGUGUGUGUAUGUGUGUGUAUGUGUGUGUGUGUGAGAGUCCUGUUGGAAAGAGCACUAAUUCUAAAUACUGAAGCUCCAAAGCACACAGGGGGCUCUCCUGAGGACUGACCACUGAGCCCUCUCCCAGCUGGGGUGGCGUGUCUUUGCUGUCUCCACAUAGUAGAGAGUCUCCGC